AUGUUGGCCAUUACUAGCUUUCCUCGUCGCUUUCCAACCGCAAGCAAACGGCCUUUACGUUUGGCUCACGUCCUGUCGUUCACUAUCAACCUUUCAAUUGUCGGUCUUGUCUUUGCCCUGUACCAAUCGAUCGGUGCACUCGAAAGCUCCAACGUCGAACCAAUCUUCCACCUUCACCACCUCUGCCACCAGCGUACACGACGAGGAUCAUGA